AUGAAGAAAGGAGUAUCCUUUAUGUGGAACGAGGCUUGCCAGAAGGCGUUUGAGGAGAUUAAGCAAUAUCUCUCCAAUCCGCCAAUAUUGGUCGCACCAAAGUCAGGUAAACCUUUCUUGAUAUAUAUUCGGGCUACAUAUCAUGCAUUAGCAGGACUCCUGGCACAAGAUGAUGAAAAUGGUCAUGAACUAGCCAUCUACUAUCUGAGUAGGACAUUAUCGGGUGCUGAACCCCGUUAUCCUCUCAUUGAAAAGGAAUGUUUGGCGUUAGUUUUCACAGUUCAGAAAAUGCGACAUUACUUGGUUGGGCAAACCAUACAUGUCAUUUCUCAGGCGGUGAAAGGUCAUGCUAUUUGUGAUCUUAUGGCUAAUCAUCCACUAAAAGAAAAGGCCGAGUUAUACCAAGAUAUACCUGAUGAGACAUACGAAGCAAAUGUUGUCUCUAGAGAACAAGUAUGGAAAUUGUACUUCGAUGGUGCAGCAAGGACAAGUUCUACUGGUCGGGUUAUAGCUGGAGUGGGGGUUGUCUUUAUCUCUCCCCAAAACCACAUACUCCCACGCACUAUUUCCUUAACAGAACCGUGUUCUAACAAUGUGGCGGAAUAUAAUGCUCUACUGGUUGGGUUAGAUAUAGCCAAACAAUUGGGGGUGAAACACUUAGAAGCAUACGGUGAUUCUCAACUCAUUGUUAAUCAAAUGAAAGGAGAAUAUGAGGUUAGGAAUGAAGACCUCAUUCCUUACCAUGCCGCAGCAAUCACAUUGGCCGAUUCCUUUGAAGGCUUCUACAUCGACCACAUACCUCGUCUCAAGAAUACCUAUGCUGAUGCAUUGGCGUCACUUGCGACUACCUUAGCUCUACCUGAAGGAACUACCCAGCAAGUCACAGUGACAAGCAGACAAUUAUUCAAAUCAAAGUAUGCACUGCAGGUUAAUGCAUCUGGAGCGGAGCCUUCAACACUCGAACCUAAAGAUUGGCGAUUUCCGAUCAUUGAUUAUGUCUUAUAUGGCUUAUUUCCUGAAGACAUUAAAGAAAAAGAAUCUAUUCGUAGACGAGCACCUAGAUUCUACUAUGAUUCUCAAUCCCAGACUUUGUAUCAGAAGUCAUAUGAUGGACUUUUGCUUCGCUGUUUGUCAAAUAGAGAAGCAAAAGAAGCCCUUAAAGAGGCUCAUGGUGGUAUUUGUGGAGCUCAUCAGCCCUGUCCUAAGUUGUAG